AUGAAUACCUCCAUGCGUGAAGGAGCUAGCGGACCAGCAGAUAUUGACAUGGUGAGCUCCUCUCAUAACUUCAAAAAUGAGAGCAGUGAUGAGUUUGAGUUAGAGGCUGUGUCAUUAUUGAGCACUAACUAUCCAGUGGAAGAUCCUACUACUGGCCCUGCCAGCUCGUCCGGGCUUCCCAAUGAUUCAGGGGCUGUCGAUGCCAUAUCCAAACCUGAAGACCAUCAACAAGCCAAUUCUGAUGAAACACAUACCAUAGAGUCACUAAGAUCACGGGUGCGUGUAUUAGAAACUCGUCUGAGGAACCAACAACUCGAAUCCCACCAGGAGAUUGAUUAUCGUCAGGAAUUACUGUCAAAGCUCAGUGACGAAGUCAAUUUUCACAAAUGGCGCGCUAGUGGUCUUCGUGAUAACCUCUAUGCCGCAGAGCAUUCAUUAACUCAUUUGGCCGAUGAGAUUGAAGGCCACAAGGGUUAUAUUAAACAGUUGGAACAGAAGAUAAAAUUCCUUACACAUGACUUACGUAUUACACGAUGUGGUUAUGAAGAGUUACAGAAUAACCUUCGCGUUGCCCAGGAAGGCACUCUUCUCUCAGUUAAGAGAGCCUCGUGGGUCCCUAAAGAUGAUGGGGCGGUUCGAAAUGAAUUCUCAAAGCUUGAAGAAAAGCUGAAAGCAUGGGCAAAAAAAAACGCAGUUCCGGAUAUAAAUGCUCUGCGGCCCCUUUCGAAUGAAGAGAAGGUGGAAAUAACGGACUAUCUUGAGAAGUACAUCUUCCAACUCAAUUUUGAUGCUUUACUGAAUAAAAUGUCGCCGCCUUUGAUGAAACGAUUUCCCGUUCUUAUCACCCAUUCUAUGCUGGCUAAGUAUAUCUUCGAAGAAAUCUUCGACAACCCAUUUUUUGCACUCCAGCAUCUCGAUACAAACUCGAAGGCUGUCCGUGGUAAUGCCAUGUUUGGGCUGUAUAAAACUAUGAUAAAUGGUCAGCAACAACAUGCCUACCACAUUUUUGAGAUGCAAGGGAAAACUAACCUUGUUAUAGUUCUUCCAUCUGAUGCACAUAUAUGGCGCUCCCAGAUGUUGCGUCUUUUGUCAACGGCUCCUGAUAGCCCAUCUGGGGUGCCAUUGCUGUCGGCACAAGUAUUCGAAAAAUUCAGUACAAAAAUGGCUAAAAAUUUCCUUGCGGGACCCAUACGUCCACUUUUAAAGGCAAAUGAAGCUCCAGAACAGCAACGCAAUUGCCUGCUUCAAGAUCUGUGCCACAUUUUUUACACCGCUGCAAAGCUAUCCACAUCAUUAUGGUGUCAGAGAACCAACAUUGACUGCCGCCGCACCACUCUACGGAAAAUGAAGCUUUUUUAUCACAAGAACCCAUUGAGUACUGCUCACCGUCUCCACCACCUCGAUGAGGAUGAUGACAAAUUUGAUGGUAAGGCGAUAUUAGCUAUUAUCCAGCCCGCGGUGGUAGCAUAUGGAAAUGAAGAUGCAGAGAACUAUGGCAAGGGGAAGGUUUGGUCGCCCGCAAUUGUUCUUGUCGAUGAGGGAAACUAG